CCCAUAUGACGGAGCGGCAGCAUAUCGAGCAUGCUAUAGAGCUCUUGCUGCUGCACCAGCGGUUCCUGGUCCUGUGUGCCAAGGCACUGAUGCUGUAUGGGGCACCACUGCAUCACCUUGAAGACAACCUGACGCGGCUGUCGAAACUCCUUGAUCUCGAAAUGACAGCCUCCACGCUGCCCGGUCUGAUCCUCCUCUCAUUCGACGACUCGAUGACACAUACAUCCGAAACCAAGGUGAUCCGGUGCACCAACGGAAUCGACAUGCACCGUCUGGACGAGACGAACAAGGUGCUGAGGCGGAUCGCGCAUUUGGAAAUCGACAUCCACCAGGCGACCAAGGAGCUGGAGGACGUGAUGACCGCACCGCCCAUCUACCCGUGGUAUGUCCAGAUCCUGAACUGGGGCGUGCUUUCCUGGUCCCUGUGCCUGGUGUUCUUUGGUGGCUCGUGGACUGACUCGGGCGUAUCGUGCAUGCUGGGUCUGAUCGUUGGCUGCAUGAAUCUGGCUGCGGGUAAGCUGAGCGGCUACACAAACUUUUUCGAUGCAUCUGCAUCAAUCAUUUCGGGCCUGAUUGGCGCUGCAUUUGCAAAGUGGAGCUGCUUUGGUGCCACUGCCCUGUCUGCCACUGCUGUGCUGCUGCCUGGACUCGUCAUGACUACCGGCGUUAUUGAGCUGUCGUCACGUCAUAUGGUGGCAGGCACUGUGCGCAUCUUUUACGCUCUUUUGCUCGCCUUCAUCAUUGCUUACGGUAUCCAGCUCGGUGUCGAGAUCUACAACAAGCUGGUGGGCAACGAUGUCAUGGACAACUCGUAUCUGGAUCUGACCACAUGCGAUUCGCUGACAAAGUGGUCGUGGUUCGGCACGUUCCCAGUCGCCAUUGUGUCCAUCUCAAUCCUAGUCAACAUCCACUGGAAACACUGGUUUACAGUGACUGUCAUUGCUGGUGCCACAUUCGGCAUCUUCUACCUGUUCAAAUCCGUUCUGUUUCUGGAUGACCUGGCGCCUGUCGUCGCAUCCUUCGCGCUCGGCAUGAUUGCAAACAUCUACAGCAAACUCACGGGCCAAACUGCCUAUGUGAUCCUGCUGCCUGGCGAAAUGUUCUUGGUACCUGGAAGUAUCGGUGUCCGCGGGUUCUCGUCGAUGCUGAACAAGACGGACGGCCAGAGCUUGACGCUGGCCCUGCAGAUGAUCACCACAUGUUUGAGCAUCAUGAUGGGCUUGUUUGCCAGUACUUUCCUGGUAUACCCGACUGGCAAGCAACACUCGGCUAUGAUGACCGUAUGA